AUGCCUGGCUUUAAGACGAACGACACGCCGAGCACUGCAGCACGCGUCGCUAACGACGGCCACGAAAGAGCCGCCGCACCGACAGAUGCAACUGCUGCUACACCAGCUGCGCCAGCGGCUGCGAUGGUUGUCGAUUCUAUUGCUCACGAAAGAGGCGAGAACUCGGACAUCAACGCACGGAUUCUUACUGCUCUCGAUAAGAUGACGAGCCGCAUGGACCGACUUGAGAUGUCGCAAAUGCAAAUCGAUGAGAACGAGCGCCUAUGCGGCGCCAUCGACAGUGGACUGUUUGGAUCCGCUCUUGACAGAGGGAAUGGUGGAGUACCAAUGAACCACGAAGCACUCGGGUUCAUGCCGCCAAAACGAUCGCCUGAGCCGCCAGCAGCUCCGCUGCCACGUCUGCGAGCUUCGGUUAUGGGGCAAUCGUUUUUGAGCCUCUCGGUUUACGAGAACCGCCACCGCAGCAGUAGCAACAGGCCCCGGAAAUGCAGCAAGCCUACGCACAGCAAGCGUAUGCGCCAAUGCAACAACAAGCAGCGACAGCACCGGUUGAUGUACCUGCGCCAGUACAAGAGUAUCGGACGCCGGACGCGCGUCAGGCGCAAGCUCGCGAUCCGAAAGUUUGACGGUUCCGAACUGUAUUAA